CUUUGUUUUCUGGCUGAAGUCUAUACAUACCUACUGUAGUUCUAACAAUGAUAAAGAUCCAAAGCCAACAGUUCUGAUAGUAGCAACCCACUGGGACAAAAGAAACAGACAGUUCCAUGAUAAAAACCGAUUGAUGGCAAGUCUAAUCUCCCAGAUUCCAAAAUCAUCUCACCUAUCACAGUACAUCAGAGAUGAUAAAAUUUUUUGCACUGAAUUUAAUUUACCUCUCCGUGAUCUAGAAACUUGCCUUUUCAACAUAGCUUCCAAUCAACGAUGGAACGAGAACAUUCCAAAAGAAUGGUCUUUUUUUGGAAUAGAAAUCAAUCAGAAAAAAAUCUUAAUGAGAAUCAUGAAAAUAUCGAAAAUAAGAUCAACAGCUUCAGAGAUUACUGAUAGAGGAGAGGAAGUUUUCAAAAAAGUUGAAAAACUAGAUAUGCUGAGAUAUUAUCAUGAUGCCGGAAAAGCUUUAUAUUUUAAGGAAGAUGGUCUGUACGAUAAAGUAAUUAUUAAUGUGCAAUGGUUUAUUGAUGCUUUCAAACAUAUCAUAACAGACAAGCUACAUUUUACAGGAAUUCCUGGGACUCAGGAGAACUGGGAAGAAUAUUACAAAACUGGUAAUUUGCGAGACCAACUCCUUGUGGAGAUCUGGAAAUACAAAGAUGAAGAAUUGUUCGAAAAGCUAAAGAAAGAAGAAAAAUACUCCGAUAAUGAAAGCGAAGACAACGACAGUGAAGAUGAAUCAGAUGAGAAUGAUAAACGAUAUCUACUAUGUCACAAGGAAUCACUCCUGAACUUCAUGCAAAGACUUGGUUUGUUGGCUAUUGGUACAGAAUCUCACUAUGUUCCGUGCAUGAAUCGUAAAGAAAUUGAAACAGAACUUUUAAAUCUCAUCGAGGAAUCUGAAAGUAAAUCAUCUGUGCUUGUUUAUCAAUUUGAUUUUCUGCCAUUUUUCUUGUUUUUUCGUCUUGUUGUUGGUUGUAUGCAAGAAAAUGGUUGGAAAGUCCUACGGAAUAGAGGAACAUCUUGCCUCUAUAAAAAUGCUGCUUUAUUUUCCUACAUACAAUACAACAUUGUUUUAUCUGUCACUAAAGAAUCUAUACAACUUCAAGUAUUUUGCCCGAUACAAGGAAUUAUUUUGGAAACAGAAAAAAUAUGUUUGAUUCAAGAAAGAAUAGAAGAGCUGUUAAAUGCUUUAGCAGGAACAUUUAAUAGAAAGAUACAGUAUGUAAGAGGCUUUAGAUGUCGAAUGGACAAAGAAGAAACGAUUGCUAUGGAUAUUAAGGAACAUUUCCUACCUGAAAAAGACAUUCCAAAGGAAGACCUUAAAUUGAUGUGUCCUUUGCAUUCCGUUACUGAUCGGCAUAUCAUUGAUACUGCUGAACUUACUAGAUAUUGGAAACUGUAGAGAAAAACAACCUCCAGUUUUAAAUUAUUUAAGGAAUUACAAAAUUUAUUGUCUAAUAUUUCAAUAUAGUUGAUAAUUAUACAUCAUAUACAUGUUUGAAACUUUCAAAUGGUUUUUUUUUCAAAUGUUUUGUAUGGUUUGAAAAACUUUUUUGAAUUUGAAUGUUUCACAUUUUUU